GGAGGAUGUGUCUCGCUGGCUGGCGCUGACUCCAGCCUCGUCUUCCCGUCGGGCGAGGAGGAGGAGGGAGCCUUCGGGGCACCGCCAGCACCACCGCCGCCGUCGGGGGCAACCAUGGCCGCGGCCGGGGGCUGCUGCGCGGCCCUGUACAGUUUCCUCUUCGAGUACGACACGCCGCGGAUCGUGCUCAUCAAGAGCCGCAAAGUGGGGCUCAUGAACCGGCUGGUCCAGCUGGCCAUCCUGGCCUACGUGAUCGGCUGGGUGUUUGUGUGGGAAAAAGGUUACCAAGAGACAGAUUCGGUCGUGAGUUCGGUAACCACCAAGGUGAAAGGACUUGCUGUGACCAACACCUCGGCGCUGGGACUCCGGGUCUGGGAUGUGGCAGACUAUGUGAUCCCCCCUCAGGGUGAAAAUGCCGUCUUCGUUAUGACCAACCUGAUCAUCACGUUGAAUCAGACACAGGGGCACUGUCCAGAGUUUCCAGAUAAGACGACCGUGUGCUCCUCCGAUAAGAACUGCACGGAAGGGUUUAUCAGCACUCACAGCAACGGGAUUCAGACUGGGAGAUGCGUAGUGAACAAAGGCCAUAGUAAAACUUGUGAGAUCUUUGGGUGGUGUCCUGUGGAGGACGACGAAAAUGUACCCAGGCCUGCUUUCCUCCAGGGAGCUGAAAACUUCACCCUGCUGGUCAAGAACAACAUCUGGUAUCCCAAGUUCAGCUUCACAAAGCGAAACAUUCUCCCCACCAUCAACAAAACAUAUCUCCAGUCUUGCAAGUACCACCCCAAAACUGAUCCCUUUUGCCCGAUUUUCCGCCUCCGCGAUAUGGUGGAUGCCGCUGGGCAGGACUUCCAAGAGAUGGCGGUUGAGGGCGGCGUGAUGGGGCUGCAAAUCAACUGGGACUGUGACCUGGACAAACCUGCUUCUCGCUGUGUGCCAAAGUACAGCUUCCGACGCAUUGACAACAAGGAUUCUUCCCACACUGUCUCUCCAGGGUACAAUUUCAGGUUUGCAAAGUAUUACCAGACCCCUGAGGGAGUAGAGACCCGGACGCUCAUUAAGGCUUACGGCAUCCGCUUUGACAUCAUGGUCUUCGGGAAGGCAGGGAAGUUCGACAUCAUUCCUACAAUGAUUAACAUUGGAUCGGGCUUAGCCCUGUUUGGUGUGGCAACGGUUCUCUGUGACGUCAUUGUCCUGUAUUUCAUGAAGAAAAGGUAUUACUACCGAGAGAAGAAAUAUAAAUAUGUGGAAGACUAUGAGUUGGGAGCCGGUGAAUCUUACGGAUCCCAGGCAGAGAACCAGCAGUGCCGUGAUGUCAGAUGACCGCUCCAAAAUGGCCGCUGUCGACAGUCCUCUUCAUUUCACAUACACAGACUGUGAAGGAGAGGCCAGCGCUGGACUGUUCUUUCUUGGGAAAUGGGAUUGAGCGCCUGCCCUUUCCAAAUGGAGGCGGGGGGGAAAGAUAUUCACUUAAAUGGGCCGCGUAUUGCUGUCAGGACACCCUGCCAAAGACCCACUGGAGUAAGGGAACGUGAAAACGAUGGCAUAUUUGGCGAAUACCUGCUAACGCUUUCUGUGAAAGUGGUCUCUUGUAAUUCUGUGGGCCCUCUAACUGGUCGUCUCAAAGGGGCAGGGCAAGCUGUGUCUUCCCCAGCCUGAAACAGUGCCUUUGUGUGUCCAGAAAAUAUCCCCAGGAGUUUCCGCCCCUUCUAGGGAGUCCUACUUCAUCUCUGCCGCACCAGAUCCCUGAACCCCAGUUGAUUCCCCCCCCCCGCCAUUUUGGUUGUAAGUUCUGCCUACUUUCCCAGCUAGGCAACGAAAGGGUGCAGACAGGCGAUGCCGCUCCAAGGAUUGUGACUGUUCUGUCUCAGGAGCACUGUGGACGUGAAAUCCGGGAAAGGUUCCAGGUGAAUUCCUAAACGUCAGUUCCCAGCAAUUUAAAAGGAUAGCAAACAAGCCACGAUGUUUGAACUAGAUUAACGUGAAGGCAUAUUUGAGGCGCCAGGGCCUCUCUCUCUGCUCCUCCCAUUCCUCUUUUGGGGGCCUCCAGAAUACAGUUUUAACCCUCUUAAGGUUUGAAAGAAUGUAUAGAUGUAC